CCUAUCUCUAGUCUCACAGCUGUUCCAAAAAGGAUGUUCUUCAACUUUUCCUUGAAAUAUCUGGUGUUAUUUUUAAAGAAAUGAAUGGAAGGGAGGAACUGCCUGGAAAUCUCUGAAAUAAAUUGGGGCCUUAAAACACAAAUUUGUGAGUGGGUACUUACAAAAAUCUAGUGUAAAGAAGCCCACCUGAACUUGAAAAAUGGCAGGCUUCCUAGACAAUUUCCGUUGGCCUGAAUGUGAAUGUAUUGAUUGGAGUGAAAGAAGAAAUACAGUUGCUUCUGUGGUAGCUGGGGUCUUGUUUUUUACAGGUUGGUGGAUAAUGAUAGAUGCUGCAGUAGCUUACUCUAAGCCAGAAGAAAUGAACCAUGCAUUCCACACAUGUGGAGUAUUUUCCACUCUCGCUUUUUUCAUGAUAAAUGCUGUAUCAAAUGCUCAAGUGAGAGGUGACAGCUAUGGUGAUGGAUGUUUAGGAAGAACAGGUGCUCGUGUCUGGCUCUUCAUUGGCUUCAUGUUGAUGUUUGGCUCACUUAUUGCUUCUAUAUGGAUCCUUUUUGGAGCAUAUGUUACCCAAAAUACUAAUGUAUACCCGGGAUUAGCUGUGUUUUUUCAAAAUGCUUUGAUUUUUUUUAGUACCCUUAUCUUCAAAUUUGGAAGAACAGAAGAAUUGUGGGCGUAAGAAUCCAUUUUUCUUCAUCCUGCAUAGCAAGUCUUUUAUGUAAAUAAUAGAAUCUACAUUUUGGUUGUAUUCUAUUUUGCAAAGCUCAUUGUAUCACACGAUUUGUAUAUUUAUUUUUUGGAAAGAGAACUCAUUUUAGUAUUCUUUUCCAAGUUUUUAGUAGAGCAGAUCUGUCCAUAUGUAUAUUAUGGUUCUCUGUAACCUCUGACCCCAACCCUUCCAUUUUUAUUGCAGUUGGCAGGUUUUUUUCCUGAUCAUAUAUAUUGAGAAUGUUAUAAAUCUAUAGGUUUUUCAAGAACAUCUAUUGCUCUUAAGCACAAAUAAGCCUAGUACCUUCUCAGAUGACAUCAGCCAAGAGACAAAGUUGUAGUGAUGGGAACGCGAGAGACUGAAGUUUAUCUCAAAUAGUAUCUGCAGGGUUCCACCAUUAUAUGACUUCACCUCUUCAAGCUUCAAGCUUUUUUUUUAAGUGCUUGUGUGAAGGAGUACCAUAUUCCAAAUUUCAUUUAACACUAAUUUUGCAAGUCUGUGAAUAGCUACUGCAAAUGCACUAAGAGCUUAAUUUUCUAGCACAGCAUGCCUUAAAAUGGGAUGGGCCCAAAAAGUGCUGAUAGAUUUGACAUUGUAACAAAAAUCUGUAUGAAAUUUUACAAUAUUUAGGCAUUUUGUUAAAGAUUUUUAUAAUCUCACUUAAGAUUCUGUUCAUAUAUUAUUUAUACAUAUAGAGAUUGCAAUUAUUUUAAUGCAGAAUUGUUGCAUAUUUUAUAUGCUUAUGCAAUAUGCAGAGUAAGAGAAAUUUUAUGUUCAAAAAAUUCAGGAACUCCUAUUUUAUUGUUUACUUUAUUAGGAAAAAUUCUAUGUAUCUUUAGAUGUGAUCUUUUAGAUUCCAACAAAAAGGAUUGGUGGAGAGAGUAUAUAUUUUUAUUACAACAUAUGGCAAGACUAUCAUCUUAAAUGUUUUCAAAAAUUUUAGAUAUUUAAUUUAUAUAAAUGAACAUGUAUGCAGUGCAGUGACACAUAUUAAUCUAGACUAGCUGUAUACUGAAAAUUAUGGCAUGCUAUGUAAUUUAAAAAUUCUGUUAAAUUAUGAAUAUUCAAGUUGCUCUACAGUCUGACUAUAGAAGGUCCUACUGAAGCAGAUAUUCCAGCUUUUCUACCUUGCAUGCUUUUGACUUUUCCCACAGCUAGAAAGUAAACUGGCCAGGUAGUUAUUUCUUGAAGCCUUCCUUAGCCCUCUCAAAGGACAGACAAUGAAGCAAACUUAACAUGCUAAGAGUUGUCCUGUGUCAUCUUUCUUGGUACCAGACUGUCACCAUAUUACAAAGAUUAAACUAUUUUGUUCAUUGUAAUUGCAUUAAAGUUAAAUAAUCAGCAAUAUAAAAACCUUGCUUUAUUUUA